AUGGCUCGCUUCGUUUUCCGCGAACACUGGGUUGGGGCCCACCUAACACCGCUUCGUGCGUGGGAUAAGCAGGCCGCUUUGGCGAUUCAAUUUGCUGCAAAGCUCAUCGAGAGCUUCAUUAUCGGAUCUCUUACCACAAUGGUCUUCACGUUUGUGCGCAUGGAGGCAACUAUGCCGCAAGGCAUAUCAUUGGCAGCCUUUUUCGCCAGCCACGAAUACAAGUCUCCAAGCUUCAUAUGGUCGAAUGACAUAUUCGCUAUGUUGCGAGGGCGAUUCUCCUCCGUCUGGAAGAAAGGCUUCUUUAUUGUCUUUUCGCUCACAUGCUGUGCGUUGGCCGUACUAGUCGCUCCUGCAAUCGCAACCAUCUUGAUGCCCAUUCAAGACUGGUACAAAUUAGGCGGUUCGUGGGCCUGGCUCAAUGUCUCCAUUCAAGAGAUGUAUCCCAGUAUGAUUACAGCCAACAAUACCCUCCACGGAGAGAUAUGCCACGUCACCGGCGAUCUACGCUGUCCAUCAGCUGGUUGGGAAUCGUUAGAGCAACUUGCGAGCUUUUUUCCGGGCCAGAGGAAACUUGAGGUGGAGAACCCUUUGUACACCCGACCUCUAGGACUAUGGCCUCUACCUACGACGGAGUCUGUGCUGCUAGCCAGUCUAUCCGUUCGCGAGCCUGUUGAAAACCCGGAGAUGCAGUGGGAGGAUUCCAGGAUGAUGCUGCCUCCCCGUGCCACGGGUGUAGGCCUCGUCAAAAUAACGGCGCUCUGGGAAACGGCCAUGACACGCAUGGGACAAGAAAACAAGAGAAAUUACAGAGGAUCUGAUUCCCGGUACACCACAUACUCAGAGGUGGCAUCGAUCACGACACGGUGCUUGGCUAGGAACGAUAAUCGAUCACUCCAAUUUCCCGAUGUCCGAAACCCCCAAACGCUAUAUAGCCCUAUGAUAAUCGAAGAUGUUGAUACGGAGGAUCUUCUGAAGAGCAUGAACGGUUCUAUUCCUGAACUGUUCUUCUUUGACAUCAACCCGGAGGGAGACUUGGCAGCAAAUGCCUCAAUCGGGUCUGUUGUCUCCCUUCCACUCGAAGGGAAAGAGCCUGCGCUUUAUGGUUGCAUAACCAACGCCCAAUGGACGGCCGCCCAAAUUCAUGUGUUUCAGUACUACCAUGUCAAGACGCAAGAAUGGUUCGAAAAGAGUGACUGGGGCUCCAACCGUAUGAUCACCAUCCAUACAUCCUAUGCGAACCUCAGCAAUCCCAUUGUGGAAAAGACAAAUACAACUGUCUUCCAGAGGCUUGCCACCACUGCUGGGCUUGCCUCACUCGAGAACAGGGGGCCGGACUGGACGCCGUGUCACAUUGAGACGUUGAUCAACGGCAUGCUCAUCAACGCGAUGGCGCGCACGGCACCCAAUGCUCAUCUCAUCACAACGCUCAAAGAUGAGAAUGGUCCGUGGUGGCGUCACUUCUUUCCGCGGAGUCGCCUUUUCGAGCGCCAAGACGCCGCAAUAGAUGAGGCCGCCUUUGUCGUCGAAGAAGCCGAUCAGUCACGUUUUGCCUCAUUUUAUUUCCGCGCGGAAAUGCAAGGUUUUGCGUAUUGCAACCAAGACAAUACAGUAAGAAACAUGGUGUUCGGGUUGUUCUUGUACUGUGGUAUAGUUGGGCUUUUCGUGCUGUGGAGUGUAGGAAGGGGCAUCACGAGCUCAAGUUGGGAUUCAAUUCCAGAGCUGUUGGCACUAGCCAUGCGGAGUCCGCCUCCAGGAGACUUCACAAUGCCGACGAGUGUCUUGGAAGAUACCAAAGCACUUAGUCAUAGGUACGGCAUCAUGGCCGAGAAGGAGGCGUUGUUUCUGCGACCGAUAUAUGACCAUGAAAGGAUUCCGAGAGACAAGAAGGUAAAGCCGAACAGAUUGUACCGGUGA